AUGUCGGCCAAUGGUCGAUCAACUGGGGACGCCGAGGGAGGAGGCGAUCCGCCAUCCCACGGAGCUUAUCUCUACGAGCUACAAGCCGAGGGGGAUGUCGCUGCGGCACAGGACAACCAGGUGUAUCGGCAGCAGCAGCAAUACAGUUCAGAGGACGUAGCUGCAAUGGCUGCGGCUGCAAACGCUACAGGCAGCAGCGAGGGCGAGACCUUGCCGAGCUCUUCGGGUGACGUGAAUGCGGCCCAAGCCAAAGCUUCUGGUGCUGGACUGCGCUCUGAAAGCGGAUCCGUGAUGGGCGAAGAUCAGCAUGGCGUCCACGAUGAGAAUCACCACGAGAAUCCGGGCCCUAGCCGCAGUAGUGCUGGAAAGUCGAAUGCAGGCGCCAAGCGCCAGCGCGUGCAUUUCAGUUGUACCGAAUGCCAUAGGCGCAAGCAAAAAUGCAACCGAGAGACGCCUUGUAAUCACUGCAUCGCCCGUAAAGUACCGGAGCGAUGCAAGACCUUCCAACCUGGAGAGGAGGCGGAUGACGUUGCUUCGCGGCUGACGAGGCUUGAGCAUCACGUCGAGGACGGCUUCAAUAGGCUCGCGCAACUUCUCGAGGGAGCGCAACAUCACAGUGGCUACGGUGUAGCUCGGCAACCACGCGAUCCUUCUUCGCAAGGCUACGGAAAUGCGCAAGGACACCAAAGCCGCUUGCCCGCUCCACUUCGCAUACCAGCCGCGAGAGGCGCAGCGGCUGGCGCGACCAAUGCAGGACCUUCCUCGGCAGUCGAGGAGGAUGACGAUGCAAACGAGGGAGGUAGACUCUCUCCAAAGGGCGGCACCUUCCACGCAAGUGGAGCGUACAACUUGCGCUUCGAUGCCUUGCUGGACAAGCUUCAAGGUCAGCCCGUUGGAGUUAUCAAGGACCCUUUUCGUACCAUGGAUACGCAUACAGUCGACGAGGCGAUGUCGGAGAUGGGAGCAAUGCUGUCGGUCUCUUACAGCUUGGUCGCUGCCUUGCCGCCCCGACACCUAGCGGAAAGCCUUCUCGACCAUUGGUUCGAAGACAUCAACUGGCUCCGGCAACCACUUAGCCAGACUACGCUCCGCAGAGAGUUCGAUGAGCUUUGGGCCUCGGGCCCAGUGCUGACCGCCAGCAACAUUACCACGUACGCUGUCUUAGUUUGCAUUCUGGCGAUUGCGACUCUCAGCUUUCCCAGAGCUGAGGCUUAUCCUGAGGACCCGCGUCUCAAGCGUCUUACUGCCAGGCGGUUGCAAUUUGCCGGGCGACGGGCACUAUUGUGCGCAUCUAUGCUCCCAAACAGCCACGACCUUAAUCACGUGAUUGCGUGGAAUUUGUCUGCGCGCUUUUGUCUGAUUGACAGACGUGUGGCCGAAGGCUGGAGCGCGGCGCUCAAUGCCGUGGCCGCAGCAUGGGCUAUCGGUCUGCAUCGGGAUGGCUCCACCCUCGGUCUCUCACCAGAAGAAUCGGAAGCGCGACGACUGGCCUGGGGCGCCACUGCCUGGCUUGAGAGAGCGCUGGCUGCAAAUCUUGGGCGGCCGACUAUGAUUGACGACGCUGUAUGCGACGCCAAAGCUCCUCUCAUCGAAGGCUCUGCGGCUGACGAUGUGUAUCCACGGGCAAUGGCACCCUCGAUCGUCGGCUUGCCUCCAGCUCGAGCUGGUUAUCGUCCUCCACACAUUCUCGACUAUGCUAUCCAUCGUCAGAGACUGGGCCAACUCGUUGGGAAAGUGAUCAACGUUUAUCAGUGCAUCCCGACGAAGCAUUACAGCGAUGUGCUAGCCAUCGAAGGUGAGCUGGAAGACUUCACGUCCAAUCUCCCGCCAUACUUCCAAAGCCCUAUCGACAACGCAGGCAACAUUGUUGCUGAUCAAGAUCUCGAUUCCAGCUGCCCGCUGUGGCUCUUCACUCAUCGCUACCUGCUACACUCAGAUAUCGCAUUCCUGCGUGGUGCGCUGCAUAGGCCAUAUCUGCUGCGCUCUGCGGGCGGUAAAGCAGGUGCACGAUUCAUGCCCAGCCGACGAGCCGCAAUCCAGACUGCUUUGCGGGACGUCAUGAUGCGACGAGACUUUGUGCACAUCCUCACCAACCACUAUGCGGGCAAGAUUCCAGAUGGAUUCAAACUGCACCUGGGUGCGUCUCAUCGAGCUUUCUCGAGCUGCUUGACACUCGGCGUCGCAAGUCUCAUGGAGCCGCAUGGCGACGAGACGUUGGUGUGGCGCUCUUGCCUGGAGCAGUACUGCGAGAGGGUCCGUGCGAAGGCUUCCAGAGAGGCGCCCGACGAGUUGAGGGACAGGGAGCUAGCGAUUCUCGAGCUGUUCAUCUCGCGGCUGGAUGCGCUUCGUGCUGGCGAGCCCAUUUCUGGGUCGAAGCGUGAGCGAAGUGAGGACGGAGCGGAACGCAGUCGCUCACGCAAAGCGAGACGGGGCACAGGUGGAGCUGUGGACGAGGAAGGCGACGCGCACGCUACUGCAGGCUUGCUGCUUGGUCUUGGACGAAGUGACAGCCAACCGCAAAGCUCUUAUACAGGGGUCAGCACCAGCAGCCCGUCCUCUGCCUCCGGCGCCAAAUCUGGACCUAGUCCAUCAACGCCGGGAACAUCGACGCGCGCCGAAGAGGCCGAGACUGCUCAAGCCCUGCUCGAGAAUUGGUGGCGAGCCGAAUUUGAGCAGGGAGGCAGCGUGGUGCACGAUGAGUUCAACAGUAAUGGCUUGGCAGGCUUUGAUCGCUUGAUCUCAACAGCGAUGCCUUAUGGCGCGGCCAGUAUUACGGGAGGUAACAACUUCUUGAACAGGCCUGCCGCUGCGCCAAGCGCUUUGCAUGCUCAACCUCAGUACGGAAAUAACUUUUUUGCAGCAUCGCCGACUCCGCUCGCUCAAGCGGAGCUUGGCGCCCAGUCUCAACCACCUCAGCAGCAACAGCAACAGCAACAGCAACAGCAGCGCCAGACGUACAACUCGCUCAAUGGCAAUACCAACAGCGCGCCGAACAAUGCGAGCGGAGUGCCCAUCGCGCCGAUACCCACUCAAACUUGGAAUUCCGCCCCUGCCCCCGAUAACAAUGCCGCCCCUGCCUUUGAUCCUGCCUUUUGGCAGAGCUUCAUGGGACUGGUCAAGCCCGGCUGA